AUGUCACAAUAUCAUGCUGAUUAUACAAACUUCCAAGUUUCAAUAAGUCGAGAGCAAGCUUUAAAACAAUUGAUUGAAUCAUACGAAGCAUUAUGCGAUGGUCAAAACAACUGGGUUAGUAAUUUAUCUAAUUUGUCUUCAUUAUUAUGGCAUUGUUACAAAUCGUUGCAAUUAAAUAUUAAUUGGGCAGGAUUUUACGUAUUGGAUAACAAUACCACUAAUAAAAAUGAGCAGCAACUUAUUUUAGGUCCAUUUCAAGGGAAGGUUGCGUGCCAACUAAUUCCAUUCGGUAAAGGCGUUUGUGGCACUUGUGCUUCAACAUUAAAGACUCAAGUUGUCAAAAAUGUGCAUGAAUUCCCAGGUCAUAUAGCAUGCGAUGGUAAAACUAAGAGUGAAAUUGUAGUACCUAUUAUUAAUCAAGUUGCUAACAAAUGUAUUGGUGUGAUUGAUAUUGAUUGUUUAGACUAUGACGGAUUUAGUCAGGAAAUUGAUGGUAAAUAUUUAGAAAUUUUAGCUAGAAAAAUCGUAGAAACUUGUAAAUUUUAA